GCGCGGGGCGUCCCCACGGGCCGGCGCGCGGACACUCCCGGGAGCGGGGCGGAGGCCGGCACAGCUGCGGGCUCCGGUCCGGGCCAGCGAGGCGACCCGGGGGCCCGGGCUGGUGCCCCAUCCUCCUCCGUCAGCGGCCGCCGCGGACGCCCCCUCGGGGUGCCUGCCCUCCCCUCCGGGCGGCCGGCAGGUUUUCUAUCAGAUGUUACACCAGAAGAAUGCUGGAGUUAAGAAGUCUCUGUUCCUUUGCUCCAAACCAGAAGACUUUGUUACCUGCAUAUAGAGUAGGAGUAAUGUUGUUUAGAAACGGGCUGGUGUUGGAAAAUGAAGAUUGUCAUGACUGUAACUCUAUGCUGAAAUAAGAUUAAUUGUCUUGGAAAUACUUAGUUGGACACUAGUGUGGUUCUUAAAAGCAUGAGCUUUGAAGUCAAGCAGACCUGAGUCAAAAUUCCAGCUUUGACAUUUAACUAAUACUUAACCAACCUACCUAAUACUUAAGCACUAGUUUACAUAUCUUUAAAGGUAUCCUAAAUCUGUUUUGGAACCAUGAAAAUUUUGCUGGUUUUUGACUUUGACAAUACAAUCAUAGAUGACAAUAGUGACACCUGGAUUGUACAAUGUGCCCCAGAGAAAAAGCUUCCUAAUGAACUACAGGAUUCUUAUAAAAAAGGAUUUUGGACAGAAUUUAUGGGCAGAGUCUUUGAGUAUUUGGGAGAGGAGGGUGUAAGAGAAGAUGAAAUGAAAAGAACAAUGGCAUCAAUACCUUUCACUCCAGGGAUGGUGGAGCUUUUAAACUUUAUAAGAAAGAACAAGGACAAAUUUGAUUGCAUCAUUAUUUCAGAUUCAAAUUCUGUCUUCAUUGAUUGGGUUUUAGAAGCUACCAAUUUUCAUGAUGUGUUUGAUAAAGUGUUUACAAAUCCAGCAGCUUUUGAUGGCAGGGGUCAUCUCACUGUGGAAAAUUAUCACGCUCAUUCUUGCAAUAAGUGCCCCAAAAACCUUUGCAAAAAUGCAGUUUUGGUAGAAUUUGUAGAUAAACAGUUACAACAAGGAGUGAAUUAUACACAGAUUGUUUAUAUAGGUGAUGGUGGAAAUGAUCUUUGCCCAAUAACCUUUUUAAAGAAAAACGAUGUUGCCAUGCCACGGAAAGGAUAUACUUUACAGAAAACUCUUUCCAGAAUGUCUCAAAAUCUUGAGCCUAUGGAAUCUUGUGUUGUAGUUUGGUCUUCGGGUAUUGAAAUAAUUUCUCAUUUGCAAGUUCUAAUAAAGGAAUAAUAUGCCAACAA